UCGGAGAUCUACUCUGUCAAGUUGGACAACUCGGGACAUUGACUUUCCGAUCUCAUCGCCGCAGGCAAAGACUUCAGAGGAAAGUGCUGCGGUUUCACGAAUUUGAUUGUUUUUUGUCCGCAAGAACAAGACGAGAAAAAGGACGUUUUUCACUCUCAACUUUAUUAUUAAGUCGAGUAUCCAUGAUGAGCAAACCCGCCGGCUCAACAAGUGGCUGUCUGGAUAUUCUGAAUGUCAAAUCAAGUCGGAUUCUGGACAUCCCAUGCAAAGUGUGUGGCGACCGCAGCUCAGGGAAACACUACGGUGUUUACGCCUGUGAUGGCUGCUCAGGAUUCUUCAAGAGGAGCAUCCGCAGAAACAGGACCUACGUCUGUAAAUCUGGCUCUCAGGGUGGCUGUCCCGUGGACAAAACUCACAGAAACCAGUGCAGAGCGUGCCGUUUGAAAAAGUGUCUCGAAGUGAACAUGAAUAAAGACGCCGUUCAACACGAGAGGGGGCCCAGGACGUCCACCAUCCGCAAACAGGUCGCCCUUUAUUUCCGGGGGCACAAAGAGGUGAACGGAUCAUCGACCCAUUUCCCGGGAUCCUCCCUGUCCGGCCCUCCCUUCUUCACCACGGUCACGCAACUGGAGCCUCACAACCUGGAGAUGAGCGCAGCCAACACACCGGAAAGACAGGCCAUGGUGGGUCUGGCACAGCCAACCCCAAAGUACCCCCAUGAAGUCAGCGGCACCCCCAUGUACCUCUACGAGGUGGCGACGGAGUCUGUGUGCGAGUCAGCAGCGCGCCUCCUCUUUAUGAGCAUCAAGUGGGCAAAGAGUGUUCCCGCAUUCUCCACCCUCCCUUUAUCUGACCAGCUGAUUCUGUUGGAGGACGCUUGGAGGGAAUUAUUUGUUCUGGGCAUCGCGCAGUGGGCCAUUCCUGUGGACUCCUCUACUCUUCUUGCUGUUUCUGGAAUGAACACUGAAAACACAGAGUCUCAGCGGAUGAAUAAGAUCAUUUCUGAGAUACAAGCACUUCAAGAGGUGGUCACCAGAUUCAGACAUAUGCGUCUUGAUGCAACAGAGUUCGCCUGUUUGAAAUGUAUCGUGACGUUUAAAGCCGUUCCGACGCAUGGCAACACUGAGUUAAGAAGUUUCCGCAACGCCAGCGCCAUUGCUGCACUACAAGACGAGGCACAGCUCACACUCAACAGUUACAUACACACCAGGUACCCGACUCAGCCGUGUCGCUUCGGGAAACUGCUUCUACUCCUGCCGGCGCUCCGCUCGGUGGGCCCGUCCACCAUAGAGGAGGUGUUCUUCAAAAAGACCAUCGGCAACGUGCCCAUCACCCGGCUCCUCUCCGACAUGUACAAGUCCAGCGAUAUAUGAAUUCUCGCCAUCUGGAAAAGACUUGACCUGAAGGCCCAGAGACCCACCCAGCAGGCGGGAGAAUGUCAAAUCAUAGCAGGCGUAACCGUGGGUUGAAAUAUUGCUGAGCACAAAAUCUCUUGGGCUGUCCUAAAAUAGCCUGUUUAGGCCUAGGCUCCUUUGAAACAAAGACUGCAACACAGCCGGAAUUCACCAAGUAGCCUGUUAACAGUUGCUCUAGUUAAGUAUUAGCCUGUAACUUUCAUGUUAGAAUUACCUGAGUGAUACUGCAGUCUCUGGUGGGGGCACAGGCAGCCUGCAGUGUUUAAAUAUCGCCUAAAGACUGGAGGGAGAGCACCUGCCAAGUACGUCUGACAAAGAAAUGUUAUAUAUUAAGAAGUUUUUCGAGUGUCUGUGAGACCAAUGAGCUUGACGACCAAUUCAGUUUUUUAUUGCUGUGAUCAAUCCCAAUGGAGGAAACCAAAAAAAAAAAAAAAAAAGAUGACGCAUGCGUAUUGGGGGA